UUACAAACAUUAUCUUGUAGUUUGGCAUUUAGUGUGCAUGUGCGUGUUUGAUAGCGGCUGAUGGAAUGACAACACGGUCCAUGCCCGUGCGAGUUUCAAAUCGAGAAGUUAGAUCGAUUACGGCCCAAGUGAUGUGAUAAAAUUUAGCACUGAAGAUUCGGAAAAAAUGAAACCGCACCCCAUUACCGCUGAGUUAAUUGCGUUGCGUGAUAAUUGUGAUUAAUUUAUUCAAUGAGAACCGGUUCCGUUAGUGUGUGGCUCGGUCCAGGCAGUGUUUAAACUAUGGCAUUUUCUCUCGGCAAACUCAAGAAUAUAUUGAACUCUAGCCGGGAUGGGCAGUUGGCCGGGAGCGGGAGCCUAGACCCGGAGAUUGGGUUCAAGCUGUCUCUCCACCCGGUGAAUAAGUGUCUAUACGUGACAGUCAUCGGAGCCAGACACCUACCGUCCUUGUUUGGUCUGAGUCGCGCCCACGGGUACCUUGUUAAGGUGAAACUUUUCCCCGGGGAGCACAAAUACGAAACUACAUUACAAGAAAGUUCGUGGCCGGUCUGGAACGAAGACUUCAAAUUCCCGCUCAGACCGAAAGAAAAGGAUGUGAAAAAAGCGGCGAAAGAGCUAGACUUACAGACGUUGGUGGCUGGUCACUUCCUGUCCCUCACAAUAUACGCCUUACUAGAACCUCCCAAAACAGAUGCACUGAAACGUUCUAAAACGUUGGACGAGAAAAAAACGGCGAAGGUCGCAGACCAAGAAGAGCUGAAACCAAAGAACGGUUUCCUUGAUAAGACGUUCAGUUUCAGUAGCUUUAAAUCAACGAAAGCGGAGGCGAUAGCUCAAAAGUCAAUAUUGGAGAAGCGCCGCACGGUGGGGGCCGCUACGUGGAAUUUUGAUUCGAAAUUGUUCCAGAAUGAUCUGAGAAAUGGCCUCGUCGGGACCCCGGACAUCUGGAGGCCCAUCAACGCCAUCGCCAGCGGCCUGUCCGCCUCCAGCUCCAGGCGGGAGAACAAGAAGGGCCAGCUCGAGGUGGGCCUCCUCUACACGUCGAGCGAGGACGGGCUCAACGACGCGGUGCAGCUCACGGUGUGCCGCCUGCGCUGCAGCGUGCAGACCAUGCAGGAGCAGGAGCUGUUCAAAGCUCCUCUGUACCUGAAGGCGACUAUUCUCGAAGCGAACAAAGCGGAAUGCUACUGGAAAAGUGACAGAUUCGUCCCCACGAUCUCCGCGCGGUGGGAUCCGAAGUCGGCCACUGUGAAGCUGUCGGUGUUCAGAGCCAACCUGAACAAAGUCAGCGUCUACAUCAGCCUCGGGUGCAAGACGAAAAUGGCCAAGAAAGAAAUACUUGGCAAAGCAACUAUAGAUGAAAAAUCAACAUAUUCGGACGCGUGGAAGGAGUGCCUGCGACAGCCGGGUGUAACCAAAACUUUUUGGGUAAAUUUGGAGUGAAAAGAAAAAAGUUUUGUUUGUUGCCGGUUUUAUUUUAUUAUGUCGAUGCCGUCCAUAUGUUGUGGUUGGUUCGAGGGUCGAACUCAGUUUGUUUUACGAACAAAAUAUUAUGUUGAAAGGCCAAAGUUAUAUAUUUGUAUCGAAUGUGGUAACCCUCUUGAAGGAGUUAUUUCGGCAAAAUUAUAGGUGCUUGCUCGCUAAAUAUUAUUCAGCAAUAAAUAUGCACAUAUGUAUAAAUUUAUAUACUUACUGUCUAUAAAUUGUAUAUUUAAACUCAAAAUUUAUAAAUAAAGUACCUAUAGGCAUUAGCAAUAACAAAAUAUAUUUAUGUACUUUACUGGUUGUGUUAUAUUGCAUGUGUGUUACAUUAUAAUAUUGUCCAUUCCAUAGACAGUAAACCCCUGCUGUAUACCUACAUAGAUGGAGUUUAAAAAGGUAAAUUAGCAGCACAAACUGGACAUUACAUAAGAAGUUAUACUUACCUGUAUAAAAUUGGUCAAUGUGUGCAAACUUCCUGUAAAUCCAUUGUAAGUUAUGUACCUAAGUAAGCAGAAAAAAGUAUUUAAAUUAAUAUUGUGACUAGAUGUGACUAAUGUAUUUUUUAUUUUGCACUGUAUUAAAUACCUUAUAACGUAUUAUGACAAAUUAGAAUAAUGCUAGCUGUAGGUUUAAUCUUGAAUAAAUUUAUACUCUUUAAGUAA